AAUAAUAAUAAUUAUAAUAAAAAAAAGACAAGUUUGUUUGUUGUUCCUGUUCUAAUCUCUGAACCAUGUCAUACAACUGAAUCUGAUAGCAAAGCUUUUGAAUUUCGUGCCUCUCCUCUUUGUUUACCCUACCAGAUAUUGCAAAUACAGCAAGAUCAUCAUGAGUGGGAUUUCGGAAAAGAAACUCAUCAGAAUCGAUGCUAGUGCUGAUACUGUGUGCCCAUGGUGCUUUGUUGGCAAAAAGAAUCUAGACAAGGCCAUAGCUUCCUCCAAGGAUAAAUACAACUUUGAGAUAAUAUGGCAUCCCUUUCAACUUAACCCUGAUGCCCCUAAAGAAGGCAUUGACAAGAGGGAGUUUUACAGAAGUAAGUUUGGAUCACAAUCAGAACGGAUGGAAGCUCGGAUGUCAGAGGUGUUCAAGAAUGUUGGUCUGGAAUAUAGCUUGUCUGGACUCACGGGAAACACUAUUGACAGCCACAGGCUUAUAUAUUUUGCUAGACAGCAGGGUCUUGACAAGCAACAUGAUCUAGUUGAAGAACUGAACAUUGGCUAUUUCACACAGGGAAAAUACAUCGGUGACCAUAAGUUUCUUCUGGAAUCUGCUGCAAAGGUUGGUAUAGAAGGAGCAGAAGAGUUUCUUAAGGACCCCAACAAUGGUUUGAAGGAGGUUGAGGAGGAACUAAAAAAUAAUUCAGGAAACAUUUCAGGGGUUCCAUAUUACGUGAUUAAUGGGACUCACAAGUUGAGCGGUGGACAAGCCCCUGAAGUUUUCUUGAGAGCUUUUCAAGUUGCUACAACUUGAAUUUCAGUUACUCACAGUUUCUAAUUCUAUAGUAAGAAUGCAACCUAGGAAAUAAGAAGUUGGUCAUUCAUUGCUUUAUAAUAUAAUGCUCCAUCUAAUGUGAAACUUGUAUUGAUAUCAUGUAAGACAAUAUUCAUAAUUCAUGUUGUCUUUGAUCGCGUACCGGAUGCAACAAUAAUAAAUUGAAUGACUUUGUUAUUCAAUUGACAUUGCAGUCUUCUUAAC